AUGUCAGCUCAAGUGCCGCCAACGGGAAGCGUCCCAGCUCCUAGUGUCAGGGACGACAAGCACUCCAUCGCUCAUGUAGAGGCAUCCAACGACGACGGCGUGUGGAAGCACAACGGGCACGCCGAGGCCGUGGAUCAGUUCGGCGCACACAAGAAGACCGACCCCAAGGAAAUUGCUCUCGUGAAGAAGCUGGAUCGCUACAUGCUGCCGAUUCUUUGGCUUAUGUACUUCUUCAACUUUCUGGAUCGCAACGCCAUGAUCAAUGGACGGUUGAAUAACCUCGAGACCGACCUGGGCCUUGUUGGGUCGCAGUACAACACCUGUGUUUCCAUCCUUUUCGUCGGCUAUCUGUGCGGUCAGAUCCCCUCUAACAUGAUUCUUAAUCGCGUUCGCCCGUCGUGGUACAUGUCUGGCUUCUGCAUGGCCUGGUCUAUCAUCAGUCUCCUUACUUACAAGGCGCACGACUUUCGCACCAUGCUCUUCUACCCGGGGGCUCUGUACAUGAUCAGCAUGUUUUACACGCGUAAGGAAGUCGCCACCCGUAUGGCCAUUUUCUACACCGGCAACAUGCUUGCCAGUUCGUUUUCCGGUCUCAUCGCUGCUGGUAUCUUCAAAGGUCUUGAUCACAAGAUGGGUCUGGCCGGCUGGCAAUGGCUCUUCGUUGUUCAGGGUGCAGUCUCAAUCCUAGUCUCCGUCAUUGCAUUCUUUACUUUACCUGACAGUCCAUUGAAGACCAGAUGGCUGAACCAGGAGGAGCGUGAGCUUGCCCACGCUCGAAUCUUUACCGAUCAAACCGGCCGCAGAGAAGGCACCAGUGUUUGGACGGGCCUCCGCGAAGCCACUUCAGACUGGCGCGUAUGGGUGUUCUGCCUCAUGGACAACUUCCAUUUAUCCGCCAAUGGUUUCAAGAACUUCCUCCCUACUGUUAUCGAAACGCUUGGCUAUGGCAGGACUGCCACCCUGGCCCUCACAUGUCCUCCCUACCUCUUUGCGGGCGGUGUGAGCAUCGCUGUUUCCUGGUCCUCAGGCCGCUUCAACGAACGCACAUGGCACGCCACCAUUAGCAAGUUGGUUGCGAUCGCUGGCUUUGCGCUGUCUGUGGCGACUUUGAACGUCCCUGCACGCUUCGUAGGCAUCAUGCUCUUUGUCGGAGCUACUUACGGCGUGAACAAUAUCAUCCUCGGCUGGACAGCAAGUGUGGUGGGACAAACAGACGAAAAGAAGGCCGUGGCAAUUGCUAUGGCUAACACUCUAGGGAACCUCGCCAGUGUGUAUACACCUUACCUCUGGCCGAGCUCUGAUGAGCCACGCUACCUCACAGCGAUGCUGGCAAGUAUUGCCUUCUCUCUCGGAGUCAUUGCCUGCGCAUGGGUUAUGAGAUUCUCGCUGCAGUAUCAAAACAGGAAGCUAAAGGAACGCGACCCAAACGCAACAAAUUUCUAUGUAUACUGA